GAAUAUGCUCUGACACUCCAGACGUUCUUGCCCGGCUAUGUUGACUUUCUUGAAGAGAAGUUCACAUUCAAUGCUACAGUCGAAAUGAAGCUCAAUGUCACUGAAUCAGUAGACAGAAUCGUACUGAACGUGAGGAAUAUCACAUUCUUUGACAAGGAUUGUGAACUGAAGCUAGAGGAGAGAGUCAUUAUAAAGCCGACACUUCUUCUGCAAAAUUUUUUCUAA